UCAAUUCGCGUGCGGCUGAAAAUGCCGUCGGCUGUGCAGGGGCACAGGAAUAAAGAUAGAAACCGCCAAAUUAGCGCCCACAGAAACUGAUGUCCACUUUGGCAAGCAGUCGCCCGCCUCCGCACAAAUUCAGCAUACUGAAUCGCAUUCAGCCGCAGGAGGAGGAGGAGCAGGAGGAUCCGGAGCAGGAGCAGGAGCAGGAGGAAGAGGAGGAGCAGCCGGAGGAGGAGGCCAUGCAUCCGGACUGCCUGCCACUGCCGCUGUCGCAGCACAUCAGCAGUCCGCAGGUGGGGGAGGAGGCCGAAGAUGACUCGGACCUGGGACGCAGCACCUCCAUCUGCAACGAGCGGCACCUCAACAUCGAGGACGAGGAUGAGGGCGAGUCGGCCGAUGCGGAUGCAGAUGCGGAAAUUGAUGCAGAGGAUCUCGAUCUGGAGGACGCCGCCAGCUGUUGCAGCGAGAACAGCGUCCUGAGCGUCGGCCAGGAGCAUCACUCUCAGGCAGCGGCGGCCCAAGCCCAAGCUCAAGCCCAGGCGCAGGCCCACGUCCAUGUCCAGGCCCAGGCAAGGCAGCGGCUCCUCAUGAGUCAGCUCUACCGCCCGUCGGCCUUCAGCAGUGUGUCCACAGAUCCGCCCGCCGUCUCAGUUGAUGCUGCCCCAGAUCCGGGCAGUGUCCUGCUGCCCCUAGGCGGACCCCCGGCGGGCAGCUUCCAGGAGGAGUUCCUGCGCAAGUCGCAGCUCUACGCCGAGGAGCUGAUGAAGCAGCAGAUGCACCUGAUGGCCGCCGCCCGCGUCAACGCCUUGACGGCGGCGGCAGCGGGCAAGCAGCUGCAAAUGGCCGCAGCAGCGGCGGCGGCGGCAGCAGCAGCAGCGGCUGCAGCAUCCGCACCCACGGGCCAGGAUGCACUUGCUCAGCUGACGGCGACGGCUCUGGGGAUUGCAGCGCCUGGCACGGUCACGGCCACGGGCACGGGCACGGGCACGGUCACGGGCCACCAGCAGCAGCAAUUGCUGAUGGCCCAGCGGGAGCAGGCGCAUCAGCACCUGCAGCAGCUCAACCAUCAUCAUCAUCACCACCUGCAGCAACACCACCAUCACCUCCACCACCACAACAACAACAACAAUGAGAAUCUGCACGAGCGAGCGCUCAAGUUCAGCAUUGACAACAUCCUGAAAGCGGACUUUGGCUCCCGCCUGGUUGCCGCCAAUGCUGGGCACCAUCAACCGAAGAACGGAGCAGGCGGUGCAGGCGGUGCAGGGAGCAACAGCAGCAACAAUGGCAACAACAGCCAGCAGCCGAUCAAGGCGCCCAAGAAGUCGGGCAAGCCGCUGAAUCUGGCCCAGAGCCAGGCGAUCAACUCGAGUGUGAGCUUCUCCAGCUCCCUGGCGAACAUCUGCAGCAACAGCAACGACUCGAACAGCACCGCCACCAGCAGCAGCACAACGGCCACCAGUCUGGCCGUGGAUCUGGUCAAGUCGCCACCACCCUCAGGCGGCGGAGCAGGAGCCAAGGAGACAGCCAAAAAAUCCGGAGACGAUUCGGGUACACCCAUCGUGUGGCCGGCGUGGGUCUACUGCACACGCUACAGUGAUCGCCCGAGUUCAGGUCGAAGUCCGCGUGCUCGCAAGCCCAAGAAACCAUCGACGGCCAGUGCGGCGGGUGGCAGCGGCAGCAGCGACAAGGGGGACACGGAUGCUGGCAACGUGCCGGAGGACAAGCGGCCGCGAACGGCCUUCAGUGGGCCGCAGCUGGCGAGACUGAAGCACGAAUUCAAUGAGAAUCGCUACCUAACGGAGAAGCGUCGCCAGCAGCUGAGCGGAGAGCUGGGCCUGAAUGAGGCACAGAUCAAGAUCUGGUUCCAGAACAAGCGGGCAAAGCUGAAAAAGUCGAGCGGCACCAAAAAUCCCUUGGCCCUGCAGCUGAUGGCCCAGGGGCUGUACAACCACUCGACGGUGCCGCUGACCCGCGAGGAGGAGGAGCUGCAGGAACUGCAAGAGGCGGCAGCCGCCUCCGCCUGCAAGGAGACCUCAUAGGGCAGAUGUACCGUACCGUACCCCUCGCUGGGGUAGCAAUAUGUACCAUCUACGAUUAGUAUUUAUGGUUUAGUACGUAAGUUUAGCGCUUUAAGUUGUACAAUAUUCUAGUCCCGCAGUGCCGCACAGAGUCGAUGUGGCAGACCCUCUGGUGUGUGCGUGUUUUUGUAUAAUAUCUAGUAGAUUCAUAAAUUCACAACUAAAUAAUUGAAUAAACAUUUAAAUUAUACGCAUAUCGCGUCGUGAUCGUUG